AUGUUUGUAGAUUCUCUAACAAAAGAUUUUUAUGGGGUUGUGAUCGAUGCUGGGUCCUCAGGAUCACGUAUUCAUAUUUUCAAAUGGCAGAAUCCCAAUUAUCCAGAUGAUGAAAGUACAAUACCAAAUAUGUUACAUUCAGUUCCCCAAAUAUAUCAAUCACCUGAAUGGACUCAUAAGAUAACACCAGGCCUUUCCUCGUAUGAGCACAAGGCUGAUAAGGCUUUUUCUGACCACGUCAAACCGCUACUUGAAUUUGCUGAGGAGAUCAUUCCGAAAGAGAAGCUUCGUGACACACCAGUUUUCAUUCAGGCUACUGCAGGUAUGAGAUUGCUACCAGAUAAGAAAAGGGAAAAAAUUCUAAAAAACCUUUGCACUGGUAUUAACAAAUACAAUAAAUUUUUAUUGCAGGAUUGUAAUUCUCAGAUAGAAGUUAUUGACGGCGAAAUGGAAGGUAUAUAUGGAUGGCUAGGGUUAAAUUAUUUAUCUGGACACUUCAACAAUUACGAACUAACAGAAGCGAAUCAUUUCAGUUUUGGCUUUAUGGAUAUGGGUGGUGCAUCUGCUCAAAUUGCCUUUGUUCCAAGUGAUCCUGCAGAAAUCAAAAAACAUAGAGACGAUAUUGCAACGGUUUAUUUGAAAAGCAUUAAUGGUGAUGUCCAAGCAUGGAAUGUUUUUGUUAGCACUUGGCUUGGCUUUGGUGCAAACCAGGCAAGAAAGAGAUAUCUUGCUCAGUUAAUAAAUGCUCUUCCAGAAAAUACUAAUGAUUAUGAUGAUGACGAUCUAACCACAAGAAAAAUAACAGACCCUUGUAUGCCAAGCGGUUGUGAAAGGAAAUUUGAAUUUAAAGGCAAGAAAUUCAGCGCCAUAGGCUCAGGAAAUUUUGAACAAUGCUCAAAAUCGAUAUACCCGCUUUUGUUAAAGAAUUUACCUUGUGAAGAUGAGCCUUGUUUAUUCAAUGGAGUGCACACGCCAAAAAUUGAUUUCGAAAAAGAUAGGUUUGUUGGUAUAUCAGAGUAUUGGUAUACACCUAAUGAUGUCUUUAAACUAGGAGGACCAUACGACUAUAAAAAAUUCAGUAAAAGUGUAGAAGAAUUUUGUAACACCGACUGGCAAACAAUUAAAAAAAAUAGUGAUAGUGGUGAGUACAAUUCUACUCCCGUGGAAUUCCUGGCGGACACAUGCUUCAAGAGUAACUGGAUUCUCAAUAUUCUGCAUGAAGGUUUUAAUAUGCCAUAUGAAAGAACUAAUAAUCUAUCCCUUGAGGAUAACACGCCCGAUCACCCGACAUUUCAAAGUUUGGGCUCCUUGCAGGAUAUUGAAUUGUCCUGGACGUUGGGUAAAAUACUUUUAUACGCAUCGGGCGGCGUGACAGCUGGAUCACGUUCAGUGCAUGUGGGUGUAGAACCCAGUGAAAUACAAGCCAAGAUUUCUGGAAAAAGCUUUAUUCUUGGGUCUUUACCACUGAGUACUUCAUCAAAUCUCUUUAAAAGUGAAAAUUUGUGGUCAUUUUUCACUAUCAUGAUUCUGAUCGUAUUUCUUCUAUAUUUUUCGUUUUGGAAAAGAACAUUGUUAAGACACUUUCAACUACACAAAUUGAAUCAUUUGAUAAACUUAAUCAAGAUGAAAGUGGCAAAAUUUAGAAACUCACACGCAAUGUUCGAACCUUUAUCGCAAUUAGAAGAAGGAAUGUUCCCACCUGAUGAUGGAAACAGAGAUAAUCUUAAUAAUUUUAAGAUGGGUAGCAAGAGUAUGUCCAAUCUUCGAAGGGAUAUUUCAAGACAGGAAAUUGGACGACCAAUGUCCUCUACAUCGUCGACUGCUAAUAGCCCAGUGGUAUCACCUCUGUCUCAGAGGAAUUCAUCGAGUCAAUCAUCCAAGAAGCUGAAGACGGCCUUCUCGCUUGCUGAUUUUUCAAAGUUUGAUCACUAA